AUGUCAUCGCCCGUGAAGCUUCGUGGUUCGCGGGAUCUCUGCCUACGGUCAGUUCCUUCCCGUGGUGCAGUUCCGUAUUCUCGGACAUACCUCCUUCCAAUAGUUUCCCACGAGGCAUACCUCACCAUGCGUUACUCUUAUACUUGCGCCGCUCUUUUCGCGGCCACCGCUUUUGCCGGUGCUACUAGCCUCCGCUCAAAUGAGAUUGGUAUGACCGGUGGCACUGGCGCCGGCGUUCUGGCCCUCGGCAAUGGGGAUGUGACUGGCGUCAAGAACGCUCAUCUUUCCGACGAUCAUGUUGUUGUUGCUACCUUGGUUGGAAGCGACGGCCAUGUUGCUGGUGUCAAGAACGCUAAGCGCGAGGGCGAGCUCGAGCUCGAGGAAAAGGGACACACGGUCGAGAACGACAACGACCUGAUCGACGUCGGGAUCCUGGGUAACGACAACGGCUCUGGAAACUCCAACGGUGGCAGUGGCAGCAGCAUCAAGCGCGACGAGAACACACAGGACGACUUCAUUGGUCCCAUUAAGGUUGGCACCCCGGUCCUCGAUAUCACCAAUCUCUAG